AACCCAGGACCUCAGACCUAGGCUCCGCCCCACCCUAAGUAGGACCACACAUCCCUAGCCUUACCCUUGCAUCCCCACUGUGUCUCUUGGCCCAUCCUCCACACAGCCACAGUCCUGGUCUCCAGCAGGAUGAAGUGGUAGCAGUCCAUUUACAAGAAGCAUUCAGCCUACCCGGCUGUUCCCUGUGUGCUUCAAAUCUGACCUGGUGAGACUAUAAAGUUGAAGAAAAGACCUUGAAGAGACUGAGACUAGGCCAUGUGUCCACCCAGAACAUUCAGAUACGGGCAUAGUGCCAAACCAGGCGUGGUGGAGCACCUCUGUCAUCCCAGCAGAUGGGAGAUAGAGGUGGGUUGAUCAGUUAGAGGUCAUCUUUGGCUACAUAGAGAGUUUGAGGCUGGCAUGGCCUUUGUGAGAGCCCACCCCAGAGGUGGAAGGCACAGUUAUACACAAUACAAUAUGAGGUUCAUAAGGAUCAUGGAAAUGGUGGGAUGGUGGCCUUAUCUUGAAAGGGGGUAAGCAGACAGCCUGAAUGACAUGAGCCUGUGGCCCCAAAGCUGUAAUUGAGGCAAGCUGGGGCCUCCAUUGUCUUCUCAGGUGUCAAGGGAAGCAUGCAAAGGACCCUUAGAAUGUGCUGAUGCUCCCGGAGCAGUCAGGACUGUCCUAUGCUGCUGCGGAUGUAUCAGUCCACCCCACUUACCCCCAAAGGGUGAUGGCCCCUAGCUGUGGUCUGUAGGUCACUUCCCACUGAGAGGCCAUCCCUGGCCAACCACAUCCAGGUUGUAGAACUCUGUGCAGACCAGCAAACCAGGCAGGGAGAGGUGCUAUAACUCCAUGGCCAGACAAGCAGUUUGUACUUUUCAUGUGGCAAAGGAUUAUAGUCUUUCAGGAGUGAUGGGCACAUAAUGCAAGAAACAGCUGCUAUUGGAGGCCAGUGUAGGAAACAGUGGCUGGGGUGAGUGCAGAAGCUGAAGUGGGACUUGUGGUCAGGACUACACCCUGCUGUGAGGACAAGGAACCCAAGAACUCUAGUCCAGAGUGCCCUGAUUUAGUAUCUGUAGUGACAGCCCUGGAAGCUGAAUUCUGGGUAGCUUCAGUUGUCUGGCCACUGUGCCCCCCCCCCCACCUCUACCAAGUGCAGCUUAGAGCAAAGCCUCUGCUUUCCAUAGCAACGCCUCUGUCUGGCCCUACCCUUGGUCCAGGUGGGACAUAAAAUCUCCCUCACCGAGCAGUCAGCCAACCAAGUGUGCCCAACAUCAUGCAUGGUCACCCGGCUGGCAGUGUAUACAUCGGUUGGUGUGAUUCUCAGCCCCCUGACGGUGGCCACUGGCUGGUGACCCUACCUGUCACCCUGGCCUGGCUCUGCCAGCUCCCUAGUAGAGACCAGCAGCUUAUCUGGGCUUGCUCUUGAAAGCCUCUUCCAAGAAUUAAGUGGGACACUUUGUAAGGACGUCCUUUAAGACCACAGUGCUGUAACCCCAGAAGGUGGUCACAUCUAUGCCUAGCCUAUGCCACCAAGCUUGGGACAGUUUCUGAGACUGUGAGCCCUGAGUGCUUGCUAGGACCAGUGUACAUACAGUCAGAGGCAGUACACUGUGACUGAUUGGGUGGUGGAACUGUGCCCCCACCACUCAAGGCCAGAAGCCACCAGAAGGAACCUGGUCUCCAGUACUUUUCAAAGACACAAUACAAAUACAAUUCUGGGGCCAAGGAGAAACACCUGCCACCAAACCUAAGGACCUGAGUUCAAUCCCCCAAGACUCAUGGGGUGGAUGAGCAACUCCCACAGGUUAUCCUCUCACCUCCACACAUUGUGACACACACACACCCAAUAAACAAUAAGUAAAACAUUAGAGGAAACUGUAAAUAGUGGACAUGACAGUGACAAGAACCAGGCCUUGCAGUCCCCUGUUCAGAUGCCCUUGGGCUACUGGCCCCUCAUAUCUGAGUUCCUUGUGCUCCUCCAAGCCCUCUAGCACUGAGCUUGUGCAUGGCUCCUCCAGCUCUGGGAGCACAUGCACCCCACCCCUGCAGCAGCACACACACUCCACCCCUGCACACGCACCCCACCCCUGCAGCAGCACACACACCCCACCCCUGCAGCUCUACCCUCAUCUUCCCUUCUGAAUUCCUGGAAGCAGCUCCAUGCCUUGGAUCCCAUGCUGCCUUUGCCCUAUGGCAGGGCGCUGGGAGAUGAUUCAAGGUCCUGGAAUACCCUCCAGGCGUACUCCCUGACCAAGGCUAAUGGGAGUGCAAACCGGUGUAACUGCUAUUAGGGUGGGGGUGGGGGGACCUGGUCACAUCUAUCAAAUUAGUAAGGCAGUGGCCUCAACCCAGAAACUCGGUUUCAGGGUGUUUAUGACAUUGAUAGCAAAGCUAGAAUUGAAAGGCUGGAAUCCUCAGUGGUCAUCAGAGAAGACAUCGCUUCCACAUGACGACCUAGGACCACUUUCAGAAAUGAGGACGCUUUCCAGGUGCUGGAGAUCCCUAGAUCUGUUCAUCAAGAGAGAAAGGUGUAAAGUCACAGGGUACCCUGGUACCCUGGGGGUAGCAGGAGAGCCCAUAGUCAUUGUGGAGGAAGAGAGCCUCACCAACAGGAGGGCCCGAGAAUGAGGAGGUAGGGUCUGGGUCACCAGGCAGAGGGGUACACUCAGAACACAGAAGGCCAUUGGAUAUGGAAUCUGAAGAGGGCCCUGGUCCUGUAAUGUUGCUAGGAUGCUGGGGGCCGAGGAAGAGAAGACCUGCCUGUGCCAAACCUCCCACCACUCUCUAGCUUGGUCAAGAGCCAGGUCUACUCUGCAAACGAACAAAUGAUGCCAGGUGAGCUCAUGGAAGGGCAGGAGAGGCCAAAGGAGAGAGCGGCUGGACCAAGGAUUAGCACUUACCCCUCAGGGCUGGCAUUCAGGGGCUGUGACUGGGAGCCUAAAGGGCCCCAAAGGCAUCCCCAACCCCAAUGUAUAUCUGGGCUUCCUUCAAGCCCUACCCAGGGCUGCUGCGGUUUCCUCCUGGCGCCUCUGGUCUCUGACAGCAGAGACUCCCCCCAUGCUGCACUAAUGGCUCAGCCUGGGGCCCCAGGGACCUUCCCUGCCCCCCCAGGCUGCUCUGCUGGCCCCCCAACCCCCCUCAUGCUGAAACCUAAUCCUCUGCAGCCGCUUCAGCUCAGUCCUGCUCUGCAGCCCCUGCCUGCCACUACCUCCUGCGCCCUACCUGGUCUUUACUGCAGAGCCCCAACCUCACGGAGCCAACGCCGGUUCUGGGGAAGGCAGAGCUGGACCGACGACGACGUUCAUCUCAUCCAGUCCUACCAGGCCAGUACUUUCACCUCUCCGUCUUGGCUCCUCCCCUCUCUACCUUCUCCUUUUCUACCUUCUCCUUUUCUCUCCUCCCUAGUCCCUGCUGGGCCACCCGAAUCCCAUCUCAAUCCCCCAUUAGUCCUACAAAAACAGCCUCUGUCACUCCUUGGACGCCCUGUACCCAGUCAACAGUCCCUUCUCUGGGCUCUAGCCAUGAAACCCCCCUCAGGACUGGAGGAGGCCCGGCGGCGGCGGCAGGCCUCAGACAUCCGGGUGUUCGCCAGCAGCUGCACAAUGCAUGGUCUGGGCCACAUCUUUGGCCCUGGAGGCCCGACCCUGCGCCGUGGGCUUUGGGCCACAGCUGUGCUCCUGUCACUGGCGGCCUUCCUCUACCAAGUGGCUGAGCGGGUGCGCUACUAUGGGGAGUUCCACCACAAGACCACCCUAGAUGAGCGGGAGAGCCACCAGCUCACCUUCCCAGCUGUCACCCUGUGUAACAUCAAUCCGCUGCGCCGCUCACGCCUCACACCCAACGACUUGCAUUGGGCUGGGACAGCGCUGCUGGGCCUGGACCCUGCUGAACAUGCUGCCUACCUUCGUGCCCUGGGCCAGCCCCCUGCACCGCCUGGCUUCAUGCCCAGUCCCACCUUCGACAUGGCACAACUCUACGCCAGAGCCGGCCACUCCCUUGAGGACAUGUUGCUGGACUGCCGCUACCGUGGCCAGCCCUGUGGGCCUGAGAACUUCACUGUGAUCUUCACUCGAAUGGGGCAGUGCUAUACCUUCAACUCCGGCCUCCACGGGGCAGAGCUGCUCACCACUCCAAAGGGUGGCGCUGGCAAUGGGUUGGAGAUUAUGUUGGAUGUACAGCAGGAGGAGUAUCUGCCCAUCUGGAAGGACAUGGAAGAGACCCCGUUUGAGGUGGGGAUCCGAGUGCAGAUCCACAGCCAGGAGGAGCCCCCUGCCAUUGACCAGCUGGGCUUCGGGGCAGCCCCAGGCCACCAGACUUUUGUGUCCUGCCAGCAGCAGCAACUGAGCUUCCUGCCACCACCCUGGGGUGACUGCAAUACUGCAUCUGUGGAUCCCGACUUUGAUCCAGAGCCCUCUGAUCCCCUGGGUUCCCCUAACCCAAGCCCCAGCCCUCCUUAUAGUUUAAUAGGGUGUCGUCUGGCCUGUGAGACCCGCUAUGUGGCUCGGAAGUGUGGAUGUCGAAUGAUGCAUAUGCCUGGAAACUCGCCAGUGUGCAGCCCCCAGCAGUACAAGGACUGUGCCAGCCCAGCUCUGGAUGCCAUGCUGCGAAAGGACACGUGUGUCUGUCCCAAUCCGUGCGCCAUCACGCGCUACGCCAAGGAGCUCUCCAUGGUGCGGAUUCCUAGCCGCGCUUCAGCUCGCUACCUGGCCCAGAAAUACAACCGCAGCGAGACCUAUAUCGCGGAGAACGUUCUGGUUCUGGACAUCUUCUUUGAGGCCCUCAACUAUGAGACAGUGGAGCAGAAGGCUGCCUAUGAAGUGUCGGAGCUGCUGGGAGACAUUGGCGGACAGAUGGGACUGUUUAUUGGAGCCAGCCUGCUUACCAUCCUCGAGAUCCUUGACUACCUCUGUGAGGUUUUCCGAGACAGAGUCCUGGGGUAUUUCUGGAACAGAAGGAGCUCUCAAAGACGCUCUGGCAGUACUCUGGUAGUAGUCCCCUUGCCCUCCCCCACCCCUAGCAUCAUCUGGUCCAGGAGCUAUGUGCGGCCAUCUUGGCUGGUCUCCACCUUCUCCCUUUUCCCACAGCUUCAGGAAGGGUUGAAUGGCCAUCGAACACACGUUCCCCACCUCAGCCUGGGCCCCAGGCCUGCCACCACUCCCUGUGCUGUCACCAAGACACUUUCUGCCUCCCACCGGACCUGUUACCUCGUCACAAGGCUCUAGACCUGCUGUGACCACUCGGCUGCACCGUGACAUCCUGGGCAUGUCCAGCCUGUACAUCUUUGCUGUCUUCGCCCUAAUAAAGCUCUAGUGCAUGUGC